UUCCGCCUCGAGUCCCUUGAUUGCCACCCUUUUGAAUAAUACUUACCUAAUUUAUAUAUCCAAAAAAAAAAAUCCUCUUUUUGAUCAAGUUCUGAAUUUCCCUUUUCCUUUCUUUUCAUGGUUUCUUUAAUUUUUCAAAGAAAAAAGCUUCCCUUUGGUUGGUUUGUUUCAAAGGUUGAAUAUUCAGUUGAAAUCAAGUUUAAUCAUCAAUGAAAAAUGGGGUGCCGGGCCAUUCACAUGUGGACUUUGAGUGGUUUAGUUGGUGCUUUUCUUGAUCUCGCUAUAGCCUACUUCUUGUUGUGUGCAUCAGCAAUAUCCUAUUUAGCAGCAAAAUUUCUGGGUUUUUUUGGAUUGUGCUUGCCAUGCCCUUGUAAUGGCCUCUUCAUCGCCGCCCCAAAUAGUAAUCACUGCUUACAACGACUGUUAGUUGAUUUCCCAACUCAAACAGUAUCUAAUGUUCAACAUUCUAUGAAGCAAAAGUUCCCUUUCAAUGAUUCCAUUUCGGAAAAUAAUCAAAACGGUAAAGUUAUUAAUGAAAAUGUUAAGGGGAUUCUUGAAAUUGAAGGUGAGGCAUCAUGUAGUUCAUUAUCAGAUGCAAGGAGGUCAAGGAAUGUACCCAGGAGGCAGCUGAAUUUGAGGAAGGAUAGGUCUGAUAUGAAGGGGAAAAGGGUAGUAAAUUAUACAAGAAAGGGUGGAUUUGGAUUGAGGAAGCGUCGAAAAGGGAGUGUUGAUGGUGGGAAUUAUUCAUUGGUUUCGUCAUAUGAUCCUUCCCUGUGUGGCGAGCAAGAUGGUGCUGUUCCUAUGUCUCCUUAUAGUAUCGACAAGAUAGGGAAUGAAUUCAGUGGAGGCAUCUCAUUGCCUCUGGAUAAUGAAGAUGCUACUCAUAACAUUGAAUAUGAUGAGGAGGCUCCCACAAUCAUGGGAUUGAAGCAGGGAGUUUUUGAGAGCAUUCAAUUGGAUAAAUGCCCUGGUGAAGAUAUGUACAUAAGGGAAAAUGUACCAUUUGUUGAAGAUCUAAAAGAGCAUGACCGAGGGGACCUGAGUUCCAAUGGAGAUGAGAAAAAUGCAAUAAGAUUCUUGAAACAGGCGCUUGAAGAAGAGCAUGCUGCUGGUUUGGCUCUUUACCAAGAGCUUGAAAAGGAAAGAAGUGCUGCUGCAACUGCUGCAGAUGAGGCUAUGGCUAUGAUUCUGCGCCUACAGGAGGAGAAGGCAUCCAUUGAAAUGGAAGCUCGGCAGUACCAGAGGAUAUUAGAAGAAAAAUCUGCUUAUGAUGCUGAAGAAAUGGACAUCCUCAAAGAAAUCAUGGUAAGAAGAGAGAGGGAGAAGCUCUUUUUGGAAAAGGAAGUUGAAAUGUAUAGGCAGAUGAAUUGUCUUGAAGACAAACAGUUAGCUCAUGAAAGUGGGGAGAAAAAUGAUCCCCAACUACCUGUUGAUUCUUCAUUUGAUCCAAAUGAGGAUCUUGUUCUGAUGCUGCAUGAGCUUAGCGCGUCUGUUGAAAAGAAGGUAAUGAUAGAAAACAAUGGUUCAGAUGAUAGUGUAUCUAUUGAUAAGCAGAAAUGUAAAGCAGAUAUUGGAAAUGAGUCCCCAGUUCAAGGAUCAUGUGAAAAUGCUAGCUUCCAGAAACAAGAGGACUUAGGCAGACUACCUUUGCAGAUGUCAAUAUGCAGUAGUGAUAGCACUGUGGAGCUUCAGGAGAAAGAGAUGAUAUCCGUAGAUGAUAACUUGUACAUGCUGCCAAGGGACCCUCAAGAAAUUAAUUUUCCAGAGAAAACUAUCCCUUUAGCACGGAAAGAGCACGAGGGAAAUGAGAAAAACCUUUUCCAAAAGAGCAUUUACCCUAGUAAAGGAACUGAGACAGGCGAUCCAUAUGACACUCCACAUUUGACACAGCAUAGGAAUAAUGCAAAUCAUGGAUUUCAUGAUUUGUGUAAUUUAGUUUCUGAAAACGACUCUCAUGUUUAUGAUGUUCAUGUCAUUGGCAAUGGAUCCAACUUCAGUAAUGAUGAAAAUGGAAGCAAAGGUGAACAGUUUUUGGGCACUGAUACUUCAGAAGAUGAUAGGAAAAAUGAUGUUCCCUUGGAGGCCUCUGUUGCAAAGAUGGUUGUUGGUAUCGCCGACUGUCCAGGUACUAGUGGUUUGAACACUGAACUGGACAGUAAGAGAAGCAGUUCAGACAUGACUAGUUGGCUUCCACCCACGGGCCCUAGGUGUAAACCUUUACUUUCUGAUAUGCGGAGGAGUUCCAUGUCUGCAGUGGAUACUGAAAGGUUAAAAAUCAACAGUGAAAUUUUCUGGCUUCUAGAAAGGUUAAGGACUGUGCAGGAGGGGAGAGAGAAACUUAGUAUAUCUGUUGAACAUCGUGAAAGGGAAAGAGUACAGAUGGAACUUUUGGAGAAUAUUGUACGCCAGCUUCACGAGAUUCGUCAGUUAACAGAACCAGGAAAGGCUGUGCGCCAAGCUUCUCUGCCCCCUCCAUCCUCUAAGGGCAUGUCAAAGAAAAGGCGGUGCCGAAGUGUUUCCUCAGGACUCCAGAUAAGCUCCUAUGAAUAGUAGUUUAUGGACAUGAACAAUAUGCUGAUGUACAUUUCCUUUAUUGCUAAAACAUUUGCAUGUUUCCUUAAAAUAGAAUAUGGAGGUCGGUUUCUGUUAACGAAGCAUCUUGGUUGAUUCUGUGCUGGGACAAAUAGGAUGGUAAUGAAGAGUUGUAGAGGAUAGGCGAGUUUCUUUCUCGAAGCUUUGUAUAGUCACACUCGCUAUUUAGUAGCCCUGUAUGUACCGGUAUCAGUAGCUUGGUCGACGAUGAAAAGAUUAUGAAAAAUGAUUUCAAGACUUCGAGAAAAAUGUGAAAUUCCAAUUUACGAAUUUCAAUAAGCAGCAUUUUCCUCCAUUUCAAGACUUAUCCGGACGAAAUGCAAUGCAGUGAAGUGAAUGAUC